UAAACGAUGGGUCUUCAGAAAUUGAUAUGUACGAAGGCAAAGCAAAUGAUGAUAUAAAUAAUGAUACUGAGUCAAUAAAUGAUGAUAACGAUGAAAUUAAUGAUGUUCCAAAUAACGAAGCUAAAAUUAGCGACAAUCCAACAGUUUAUGCUGAUAUAUUAGAGCCUAAACUUACAAUAAAAAAAGAGAGACAUAAAAGUGUAAAAUCGAAAGGAAUGAAAAGAAAAGCUGUCAAAGUUGAAUUAAAUGAAGAAGAAUUGAAUGAAAAGUUCGCUGUAGUUGUGUACACUGAAGAAGAAAUGCAAAAGCUUAGAGAAGAGAAAAGAAGUCAUCCCAAUUUUAAGAAGAUACCAUAUAAAUGCGAGAGCUGUGUUCUUGGGUUCACGAAGAAAGAGAACUUAGAUGUACAUUUGGAGAAGAAUCAUAAUCAAAGUAACCUAUACACCUGUGCCGUGUGUCUCUCGCGGUACUCGAACAAGGGACCUCUCUCUCGACAUAUCAGGUCUCACUAUGCGCGAUACAAGUGUACCUUCUGCGCUUACGAGACGCGCGAGGGUUGGGCCGCGUCGCGUCACUGUCGCGUCACGCACGCGUCAGAUGCUACAGGGCGGUUACACUGCCCGCACUGUGGCAAGGAAACCAGCACUAAAGAAGAACUAUCCGAGCACAUAAGAACGCAACACGUGUUGUAUUGCAAUGAGUGCGGCGAAAAAUUCAAAGGAAAACACACUCUAAGGACUCACAUGUCUCGAAUCCACGGCGUCAAAAGAGAGUUCGUCUGCGACAUAUGCAACAAACCUUUUAAAACGAAGACUCGACUGGAAUCCCAUAUGGUGACACAUAAUUCUGCCCUCGCCAAGAAACUGGCCUUCUGUGUGACGUGCCAAGUUCAGUAUAAGAAUAUAUACGUGUACAGAAACCAUUUGAAGAAUAGCGCCAACCACUCCGAGAGAGCGUACCCGUGUCCGGAGUGCAAAAAGAAAUUUGUGUCAAACGUGUACCUGAAGAAACACUACAACUUCUACCAUCUGCAGAAAUCACAAUUCAACUGUGAUAUUUGUAAUAAGCUGUUCAUAUCUGACUGGCGCUUGAAGAAUCAUAAACAAAAACAUCAUGGCCUCAGUCGACCCAGGGACCACACUUGCAAUAUCUGCGGGAAGAAAUUCUUUACGCUGUCGACGCUCCGAGGCCACCAGCUCACGCAUUCCCCGCGGCGCUCGUUCCUGUGUGAAGGUUGCGGAGACACGUUCAGACAGCGGCCGGCUCUGUACACUCAUGUUCGCCGCGUACAUGGAGAGACAAACGGGAAACGGGGAGCGGGACCAACAAAUCUGGGGGCGUAAAAUGAAUUUACGUCAAACGCUUUCGAUAUCUUUGUUAUUUAUUUAUUACUUUUUGUGUCAAUUUUAAACGUUAGCAACAUUGUAUCAUCCUUCAAGUUGAGAAGUGAAUCUGAGAAUAAAGUAAUU